AAGUGGUCGUGGUUCGUUGGACUGGCCGUUGAGAGGUUCGAAAGAUGGUGCAAGGCGCUGACAGCUCAAGACGAAUUGGAUUUCGCUGACCAGCAGCUGCCUCCUGUCGAUGUUAUCAUGGUUUGGCAUGCCUACUUGUUAAAUCCUGCGCGGUAUUCUGAAGAUUCGUUACGAAACAAGCACAUCAAGAUACUUGCAAGUAUGGGUAACUGGUUUCGGGACCUCGAACGGACAUGCUACACCAUCUACUGGCCUCCGUCAGAUGCCCGUGUCCAGAACUGGCUGCAGAAGACCCAUCUCCCCUAUGAUCCUUUCGAGUCGGUAAUGAUAUUGACUGAGCGAGAAAUAAUUUGCCCCAAAUGUCUCAAGAAGGUCGACGUUCGCUUGGUGAAUCCCACUGGCAGUGGAUAUCUCCAGCACGAGUUCACAACCACGUGUCCGGGGUGCCGACUGAAGAUUACGAAGGAAAAGUUGUCUUUUCACAAACUUGUGAAGGACCUGGUGGGUUCCAGCGAUGUCCUUGCCGGAACUCUUCACACGCCUUACAAUAUCGACAAUUCCAAACGUGCGAAGGCGAUCAAGUCCCGCAUUUUAGAGAUGAGACCGCCAGCAUUUCGGAAGGGAGAUGCGAAAACCGAACAGGAAUGGGCGGUCGACAUACAGGAGAAAAUGAACUACAGUAUGCAGAAAAUUCAAAGUGUUAUGGGCCAGCGUAUGAGGGUAUACGGAGGACAACUGUACGUUUAUGACAAGAUAUUUUCGUUGGAUCUCGUCGGGGCAGUACUCCGACAAGGAUCGUUUGUGAACAAGAUGCAUAAACUGGGUUGGACAAACCCGGACUUUUUCUCGUCCUCCGAGGAUGAAGCAGCGCUGAAGCACUGUAUUGCUCGUUAUCACGCAUUCCUGGACCUGAUGUCGUCGUCACCUGCUGGAUUCUUUGUCCCAACGCUGGACAUUGACCUGGUUUGGCAUACUCACCAGCUCAUGGCCCGGAAGUACUCCCGCCACUGUCUCAAAUAUGUCGGUCGGUUCGUCGACCAUGACGACAAGGUGGCCGAAAACAGGCUUGCAAACGCCUUCGACAUCACUUGUCGGGCAUGGAAAGACCGUUUCAGGAUCGCAUAUACAUACUGCGGGUGUCCGCUCCCGGGCGACACGAUUGGACAGAAAUUAAGCAGACUCGUA